AUGUCUUUGAAUAUUUCUUUGUACACAGUUUCCGCCGUUUUGCUUUUAGGAAACGAGGGCAAACGUUUGUAUGCCAAAUAUUACAGGCCACAAGAUGCGAGCCAAGCAUACAAAACUGCUCAACAACAGGCAGCUUUUGAACAGGCGAUCUACUCGAAAAUAAAUAAGUUGCAUCAGGAUGUCAUAUUAUAUGACAACCAUUUGGUGACUUACAAGCAGACAAAUGAUGUGAUUUUGGUGAUUGUUGGAGCGAUCAACGAGAAUGAAUCGAUGCUUUACUCAUUGACCAACAACAUCAACGAAGCUUUGACGAUUUUGUUGGACAACUCUUUGGACAAGGCCACGGUAUUGGAGAAAUACGAUAUGGUGUGCUUGUGCCUUGAUGAAACCAUUGAUGACGGUGUUAUUUUGGAGAUUGAUCCAGCCAUUAUUGUCAGUCGAGUGACCAAUCCUCCAUCUGCGAUGGCUAGCGACAUGCACAUUGACAUUUCCGAGAAAGGUUUGUUCAAUGCCUUGUCUUUUGCUUCCAAGAAGCUCAGCGAGAGGUUGCAACAGGGUUUGUAA